AAAUGAUCCUGCUGCUGGAGGGGAGUUGAGAGAGCAAGUGGCUGAUUGCGAACCGGAGCAAUGUGGCAGCUGCUGUACAUAAAAGUGAUGGGGCCGAGGGGCUGCAGGGCUCACCAUGAAGUCCAGCGGGGGUGCUGCAUCCGACCUGGAGGAGCUCGAGAGUGGCAGCAGCGAGAGCAGCUCAGGCAAGUCCCUGCCUUCCACCGGUGCCCAAGGCAAGCGCAAGCGCAAGAGCCCUCGUCUGAGUGGCUUGAGCAAGCAGAGGCAAGCUGCCAACGCCCGGGAGAGGGAUCGAACCCACAGCGUGAAUACUGCUUUCAGUGCUCUCCGCACACUCAUCCCAACUGAGCCAGCAGAUCGUAAGCUGUCAAAGAUAGAGACCUUGCGCUUGGCCUCGAGCUAUAUUUCACAUCUGGCUAACAUGCUGCUCUUACAGCAGCAACAAAGCGAGAGCUUGGGAGAUGACCCUUUGGCUGUGAGGCAGCCUUGCCUGCAAUAUCAACCUGUCCUUCAGGGCGGCAGCACUACGGCGGCACCAAGACCAAUCUGCACCUUCUGUCUGAGCAACCAGAGGAAAUUGCACAGAGAAAAAGAGAAGCACUUGUCUCUUUAACAGCUUGAUGGAUAUUGAUUCGGCAGAGACGCUUCCACAUAUGCUGGACUGGUUAUAGAAAGUUGUAGGUAAUGUCUUGGAAUUCCGUGCGAAAACAUUUACAUUGAAAUUGUGCCAUUAUUACAUGAAAAAGGGAGAAGGAAUGACAAGUUAUAGUGACCUACACUUUGUUUUCCCUUGCAGCAGGCUUACUCAAGGGGCUUUUUGCAGAUGAAACUGAACACGAUGGGGAAAGUUGCACCUGGCACAGCAGUUAUUUUAGUGCGAGAAAUGCUAAACCUAAAGCAGCCAAGCCCUGAUACUGAUGCCUCCUAAACCUCUGUCACAUGAUGGAACUUGAGCUUCCAAGCACCCUGUGUCUCCUCUUCCUGGAGACGCUCAUAAGGUACCACAGCCCUGAGCCAUGGCUGGAUAGACUGAGCAAUGCCCCCUUUCCUUCUUUUUCAGCUGCCUCUGCCAGAGUUUCCAGUGAAGGAUUUCUACUGAAAGGCAGUACUGUACUGACAAUUUGUACACAAAUUAGAGGACAAGUACACACAUAGAUGCCACAGUGACUUCCUCAGUUUAAUAACCCCCCACAGUCAAAGGGAUACCUACCACUAUGUCCAAUAAGAAAACUAUUUGUGCCUUUGUGAACCUCUGGGGGCUGUUUUAUCACUCCAAACAGGCAAUGAAGACUGAGGAAACACACACAUACACAGCUCAUGUUUAACUUCAGAGGGACUUUGCUGUCUGCACUCUUCUGGAUAAAGAGCAGCUUCAGAGGUGGGUGGUGAUGGUAAUUUUCACUGGAAUGGUGGCAGAGGGAGAACGUGUUAAUUCACCCUCACAUACACUGACUGUGGUCUGCUGUUGUUGUAAAAGUUAAAGCAAGAAGUGUUAAACGCAUAUUAUACACAUUUAAUCGACCAUAUUAUCUAGCUCCCAGAUAAUCACUGUGGGAAAAUGUGAGGAUUCCUUGUGUCCAAUCAAGAUUUCUAAAAAGCUGAAAAUUAAUCCCAUGUAUUUUUCUUGGUAAUUGCCAAUUCAGGAAAGUUUUCUGCUGUUUAAUAAUAUUAUAAUGAAUUUCAUGUGAUGGAAAUUGGGCCCUAAAGGAGCCUAGCAUGAAACACUUCUGGUUAAUUUUGUGCUAUAUGUAUUCAGACAUGAGAAAGCAAGCACAUAAUUGCUAUUAAUCAGUGAGGAAAAGAUAGCUCAUUACUUUGCCCCAGCACGAUGCUUAUUCUCAUCUCCAACCUGAAGGCAGGUUAACAUGUUAUAUUUGCCAUGGGUAUCAACAGGUAACCCAAUGACUAAUUGCCUGCCACCCUGAGCCAUGCUUCUUAUUCUAACUCCUAAUUACUCAGGGGAGUCCAGCCAGCUCCCAUAGCCCAGCGACUUCAACAGGUGAAAAAAACCAGCUUUGUGGUGGCCUUAACUCCCACAGCAAGUGAGUUUUGACAAAACUACAUGACCACGGUGGGAAAUUUAUCUCAGGGAAUCCAGAUUCCUGUGGCAAAAUGGGGUAGAGACAGACUGAUAUUAGAAAGUGGCUCAGAGAGCUGUGAAUGUACUCUGGGAGUACUUGUUGAAGGACAUGUGAGCCAGUGAAUAAGUAACUGCUUUGCUACAGCCACUUUGCUGGCUCUUGUCUCAAUGUUACUUCCUCCUCCUUGGAGAAUAUGAGAGGAAGACAGUAAGAACCAGAGGUGUUGGUGGCUUCAGGAAAUUACCCAAGCAUGGGGAAAGAGAAAGGGAGCAUUUUGUGCCAAAAUGGUCUACUCACCUGCCCUCUUCACACCACGAUUGCCAGUUCUCCCUCCUUCUCCUGCUGGGAGAGAAGGCACUUUAGAAACUAGCAGCAUAGUUGUGAAUUUUCAGAAGAGAACAUGAGGAUGCUUUAUACCAAGCCAGAUCAUUGUGACUACUCACUCAAUGCUGCCAACUCUGAAUGGCAGUGGCUCUCCUUCCUGGGAUUGCUUCUCAGCCUUACCAGGAGAUCAGGUGAUAUCCUGUCUAAAAACUAAGCUGGCCCAGACCAAUGCAGCUUCUAAAAUCAAAUAAGGCGUGUCCAAAGUGAUUCUGUGCUGCUCAUUCUGCACAGAGAUGGGAUUUUUGGAUUUUCUGAAUUACAAAUGCCAUAAUGCACCAUUCUAGGAGUUCUGCUUACCUGACGGCCACUUUGCAAAUACCUGAAUGCAAUGCACCAGAGAGAAACGCCUAAGUCAGAAGGUUUUGAGGCUUAGCUAAGCCAAGCUCUGCCUCAGUACUAACAGGAAGCUUUCUUUCCAAGCAGGACCCUUGGACAGAGCUUGGCCUAGUUAGGCCAUAAAGUCAUCUGAUUUAGGCCUUUCUCCCAGGUGUGUCACAAUCAGAUAUUUGCAAAAUGUCUGUAAGGUAAGUAGAGCUCCCAGAAUGGAAGAUUAUGGUAUAUGUAAUUCAGAAAAUCCAAAAUUUCCAACCCUGCAGGAGAAGUUGUAGCCACGCUCAAGGGUUUUCACAAGAAUGCAUGGAUUUGGGGAAGGCAAAGUGCAAACACAAAAAGUAUUGUGCACGCAUACAAUAUUUGUAAAUAGCAAUCUGCACAUAUAAAGAAUUUUAUAUUUUGCCAGGGGAUGGGGUGGGGGAUGCAUUUUCUUUCUUCAGACAACUUUGCUGUUUUCAAAAUGUUGAACUUGGUGUAAAUAUUUUUGUAUCAUCCAUUCGGGGUCAGUUCUUCCCAUCAAAC